CAGAAAUACGCGUACGCCAGCCAGCCUACGAAAGUUUUUGUUAAAAUCUUUCCUUCUGUACAAAACAAAUAACAAUAUUAUUAUGAUAAAAAGAUUUCAUAAUUAAAUUGAAACAAUCUCAACAACACGAGAUUUUUGUAUGGUAUACGUACAUUAGUUAAAAUGAGUCUAGAGAAAGUGCCGAAAACAAUGCGUCAGUGCUACGCUUGAAGAUGAUAAUAAUUAAUGAUGCAUGCCCCCAUACUUGUAAUUUAUGUUGUUUAGUUCUGAAUGGCUAUUCCUUUCGUUAUAAAAUGUGGUACGCCGCUUUGGUAAGGUUUAUAAGACGGAGACUUGUCCUGGGCAUUAUAUUCGCCUCUUCACUCACUUAUUGUAUCGUGAGCUUCCUUCGAGAGGGCAGCAGCAGGAAUAUGAUGUACCAAGAGACUAUGAUCGAACGAAAGCCCUUUGUUUGGCGAGCCCUGCAGGAACACAAGGACUCAAAUGACAGUAUCAUUUGUAGGAACUCAGUGCAAGGCAGAUCAUUAUUGGUUGAUGAUAGAGGGUAUGUAUGUCACAGAAAUGAUGUGAUGAGGAAUGGGUGUUGUGAUCACUAUGCAGAUUCUUCACAGAGAUACAGCUGUGAUACUUGCACAGACACAAAUUGCUGUAUUAUUUAUGAAUACUGCGUGUCUUGCUGUUUGGAUCCAAAAAAGAGAGACCUAUUGGAGGUGGUGUUAUCAAAACUCUCCGCAGAAGAGAGUGUAUUGUUCCGAACUUUGAGCGAUGAUUAUGAAUUGUGCCUUACAAAAUGCCGCACCAGUUCUCAUAGUGUUCUACAUGAAAAUUCCUACAAGGACCCAACACAUAAACAUUGCUUUGGCCAAGAACUGCCUAGAAGUAGAAGUCCUGACUAGCUAAGGGUAAAAACUAAAAUUAUAGGUAUACCCAAUUUUAUACUUAGUCUUAUAGCAUGAAAUUUACUCAAUCAAGAGACACCAACACGCUGUUACUGUUUAGUGAAUUAAUUAGAUAAUAAUUUAUUAUAAAUAAGGCCAAAGAAUAAGUGUCUUAAUAACAAAAAACUGGACAAGAUAUUAGUGACAUCACAGCCUAAUUUUACAUAGAACUAGUUGCCUUAUUUACAUUAAAAAAUAUAUUAAUGUCAUGUUAUACAAUAAACAAGAUAUCCUGCCAUUUUUGGCUCUUGCUGAGUUGUUAUAACCCUCAGAGUUUGUUCACAAUUCUGGGUAGACAUGUGAGUAUGUAUUUGUUACUAAUCCACAUUUAAACAUUAGCCACUGAAUUUGUUCGAUGCUGACUUUUCAUCUAUAAUUUUAUGACUUGUAUUAAACAAAAGUAUGAAAUGAAUGAAUAGUGUUACUAUUUGAAUUAAUCAGCAUCUAGCAAUGUAUAAUGAUCAUUUUGUCCUAUAGACAAGCUAUGCGUGUCUUGAUCUUUUUUGCCCACCGUCUUAUACAUAGUAUAAGCGUAGGUGGGAUGCAUAUCAGUUUUACAGUUCUGGUGGCGCAAUACAAACUAGGUAAGCCAAUGAUAAGCAAGGGCAACUACAAAGAAAUAAUGUCAUCUCAUCUCCAACACUUAUCUUUGGAAUGUGGACGAAUAUUACCAAAUAAUAAUAUGUGCUAUUAAAUACAUACCACAAAAUUGAUGGAAUGUGUGAACGAAUUCUGAGUUAAAUUGGAAAAUAUAAAUCAAUAUAAACAGCAUUAUUAACUGUAGAAAACAAGAUUUGAAGUCAAAGUAAAUAAUUUUUGUGACCUUCAAAUAUAGUUUUUUUAUACACAGAUAGUUUUAGAUUACAAGUUUUGCAUAUUUUUAGCAAGAAAAAAAGGCUUAGAAUUCAAGUUUAUCAGCUAUUUUUUCCUUAUGAAGUUUUUUAGCAACUUGUGCACAUUUUAGGGUACCUAUGUAACAUUAUAAUAAUUUAAUGAAUCUAGGAUUUGCUAAGUCAAAACCUUAAAAUAGGUUUAUUUACUUAAUAUUAAUUAAUUAAUUAUUAUGAUUUUUAAGUAGGUAUGAUCUGUAAAUUGUAUAAACAAAACAACAUUUCAUAAUGUCUGACAAACAUCAAGAUUGAAUUAUUUUUUUCAUGGUUUUCUUGAUCAUGUUAUUAGGCAAGCAGCUGUUAAGAUACAUAAUUUGUUUCUGUGUAUUAAUUUACGAAAACCAAUUUAUGCAAAAUGCUGGAGUUAAGAAUAUUUUAUAACGUCUGACUAGACAGCAUGUCACAUGAUUAUCAUAACAUAACACAUAUUUUGACGAGGACUACAUACAUAAUAUAAUAACUAUUACUACUCGAAAUAUAUGAAUAGCAUAAUUUUGAAAACGCUUCCAUUCACAUUUAAUAAGCUAGAAAAAUUGCAAGUAAGUACCUGAUAUACACUGUUAAAACAAUAUUUUUGUAGAUUUAUUAAAUUGUUCUAUUAGAUUCAAAACUUAUGCACGCGUAUUUUGUAGUAUUUUAGCUACUGAAUGUUAUAAAAACUUGAAUAAAUAUAUUUAUAUAGAAACUUAUCAUGCGUGUGUGAACUGAGGGCCCAAUUUCAGUUCAGUGAUAGAGUGUUAUGAGUAGGGUUACGUCCGGAUGGGAUUUCAUUUGUUCGCUGGCGGGGUAAUAUCAAGUCCUCAGCCGAAGCCGUGCAACGCGAUUAAAAUUUAAAAAAUAUCGUUGACAUGUCCGUGUUUUGGACCCCAAAAUUAGAGGUUUUCACGCGUUUUCUCCUGUUUGCAAAAUUUUUGACAUGGCAACCCUAUAGUUAUGAGGCAAUGAAACAUCUCUAAUAAAUGACAAAAUUACGGUCCCUCAAAGAGCACACUUUAUUCAAAGCAUUAUUCAUUUUAAAUACAAUUUACAGCACUUAUUAAAAUCAUCAGAUUUAUUCAACCUUUAUACAAAUAGUCUGUGCCAAUAGACUAAAGCAUUUUGUACUUUAUCCAUUACUAUGAUAAAUAAAAUUUUCUUUUUCUAGGUCCUAAUCUCUUUCAGAAAUCCCAAAUAUUAUUUCAUUUUAUCAUCAAAAUAUAGUACCUAUUUAUGUAUUUCACCAGGGAUAUACUAGUUUUUAUAUAAAUGUCGGUCUUUUUUGUUUGUUUAUAAGAAUUGCUAGUUUCUAUUGGUGUGGACAUAAAUUAUAUUGUUGAUAGUUGAUUUGCCCCUUUUUAGGGCUCAUUGUGAUCAAACCCCGUAGUAGUUUCACUGGUUGGGACAAAGUAAACCUUAUUUGUGCGUCUAUAAGGUUUAUUAUGGCAAAACACAGAACAGAGUUAUUUUUACAGUCCAUAAUUCUUAACACUAGGGGAUAAUUCUGAAUAGCAAUCCUAAUCCUUACAAGUGUGUCUAGAUUAAUGUUGCUUGUGUUGCAGAUAAUUUAUUAGAUUAAUACAGUUACAGCUAAGUGCCCAUUCGGAAGCCUUAUUUCUGUGAUAAACUUAAUUAUUAAUUGUAUAGAAGCAUAAAAUAUGUUGUUGAUCGCCUAUGACUGUGACUAAUAGGUAAAAAUAAUGUGUCAAGUAAAAAGUUAAUAUUUGAAAGGUUUAUCCAAAAUGCGGCAUACGUUAGAAAUUAAUGAUUUAAUUAAGAUAAUGAGUAUUACUGUUAUCUUGUAUUUUUAUAAGUUUCGAUAAUGAUUAAUGAUGUGAAUUAUGGGUUCAGAUUUUUUUAUUUAAAUUGUGAACAGUAAAUUGCAUGUUUAAAACUUCUUAGGGCUCCAAACAAAACAAAACGGAGCGCAUUUCUAUUGCUUUUGCUGCGCCUGCGCUGAAUCAUUAUUUAUAACAUGAAAGACGUAAAUGCGUCACAGAUUAUCGUACGUAUCAAAUGUACCUAAAAAAAUAUUUGUCGCUGUUUCAAAUUCUUUAAAAAUACAGAAAAACACUCGUAAUUAUAUUAUUUUACUUGUGAAAAUGUCUCGUUGAUAAGUUAUCAGCGUUAGCCGUCUAUUUUACUGAACUUGGAGAUUGAAAUGUAUGAAAGUGUGCCUACUUAUCUGUAGGUAGGUCAUAUUAGCCAAUUAGUUUAACUUAAUAAUAACAUUAUGAUCACAUCCGCUAAAUAUUUUCGGCUUCUUAUCCGAAGAGUGCUAUUUUUACAUUACUGGUUACCAAGAUACCGUUUGUAAAUAUAAUAAAUUAAAUAUUUAUUAAUAAAAAGUUAUUACUUAAAAAAGUUUUUUAUCUAUUCUUAGAUCCAAGAUCUAACGUAAUUUACAUAUUUCUAGUGCGAACCGGAACCAUACUACGUAUAAAAAAGAAAUACACUUUUACACGUGUCUGCGGAUCAAAUUAAUGGGCCUAAUAAAAUCGCCGCUAGAGGCACUGCUGUAGCGUGGUGUAGCGAAAUGUCAAAUAUCACUGGAUUUCAAGGCUUUUUUUUCUUGUUAAUGUUGUGUGAAUAUUUUACAGGUCAAUGAAUGUCAGUAUUUAUCUAAAUGUCAUUUCAACGGAGCUAAAAUACCUUAGUGAAAAAAAUAAGCUGACUGAAAAAACAUGGCAGAGCUAAUUCGGAGAUGGUUCAUU